GAAGUAUGCCCCGGACCUCUACGAACGAGCCAUGGCCAUGAACCGGCGGGACCGGUUCAAGAUGAGGCACGAACGCCCGGCUGGCGAGCGCUUGUCAGAUGCCAGCUCCUCCAGCAGCGAGUCCUCCAGCGACUCCUCCAGUGACGAGGCCGUGGACUUAGACCCCAUCGGCCUAGAGGCUGCGGUCCCCGAUGCUUUUAAGAAGCUGGGCGCCGCAUCCUUUCAGAAGCAAGGCCGCUACGACGUGGACCGCCUGUCCACGACGGCGCGCAACUCCAUCAUCCCGGGUGAGCGAGGAAACCGCGAGGCUGCGCUGUGCAAGCGCCGAAGGAUCCAGGAGUCCAUGCAGCAAGGAUGA